CAACGGGCCACAACCUUGAUGGAUUAAUGCUCGUGUGGGCUAACAUGGUAGCCCUAGUUCAUUUCUGUAUAUCGGAAAACCCACUCGGCGAGAGAGGAGAGAGAUCGGAGCAGAACCUUAGAUAAAGCGCGAGGAUGAGCGGGAGCGGGGCGAAGAAGGUGGUGGAGACGGCAGUGAAGGCAACUAAGGCGAUAGACUGGGAUGGCAUGGCGAAGUUGCUCGUCUCGGACGAGGCGCGGAAGGAGUUCGCCAAUCUCCGCCGUGCCUUCGACGACGUCAACCAACAGCUGCAAACCAAGUUUAGUCAGGAGCCGGAGCCCAUUGAUUGGGAUUAUUACAGAAAAGGAAUUGGACCUCGUGUGGUCGAUAUGUAUAAGGAAGCUUAUGACAGCGUAGAGAUACCCAAGUUUGUUGACACUGUGACUCCACAAUACAAACCUAAGUUUGAUGCUCUGUUGGUAGAGCUGAAAGAAGCAGAACAGGCAUCCCUGAAGGAGAGCGAAAGGUUGGAAAAGGAAAUCGCCGAGGUUCGAGAGUUGAAGCAAAAAAUAUCGACCAUGACUGCUGAGGAAUACUUCCAGAAGCAUCCAGAACUCAAGCAAAAGUUCGACGAUGAAAUCCGUAAUGACUACUGGGGGUAUGGCCCACCACAGUAAAUUUUAUUCUCCCGUCUUAUUUUACCGAUUUCAUUUACUUCAAUAAAAAUAUCUGUCGCCAUAUGCAAUGCCUUCAGAGUGUUCUUACUUUAUUAUCUGAUUGUGCCUAUUUGAACUUAAUUGCAAAAUAAUUCCUAAAA